CGGAAGGCACCGGGCGGUGGCGUCUCGCGAGGCGGUCGCCUGGUGGGGCCGCUCGGGGGGCGCUCCAGCGAGGCGGGGAGUGGGGAGGCGCUUCCCGACGGCGCUGGCCGCAGCGGCCGGGAGCCACGAUGGACCACUUCGCCUCCGAGCGCCUGGCCCGCCGAGCCUACAAGGAGCUGUGCGCGUCGGGCGGCUGCCUGGACAGGGCAGAGCUCUCCCGGCGGCUGGCGCUGGAGUUCGCCGUGACGCCGCUGGAUGCCGCGCUGCAGGACGCGCGCUGGUUCGUGCUGGCGAGCCGAGAGGAGGCCGGCUGCGAAGAGCGGGCAGUCGUGGUGGCCGCCACCCGGGCGCGGCUGUGCCAGGCGCACGGGCGCGGGCGGUGCGCGGGCGCUUGCGGGCAGCUCCACCUCUGCCGCUUCUUCGUGUACGGGGGCUGCCGGAACGAGGGCGCGAGGAAACAAUGCAAAUUCAUCCAUGACAUUUAUUCACCCCAUAACCUUGCUGUCCUAAAAGAGCAUCGACUGGAAAUCUUAAGCUCUGAUGAGUUAUGUCAACUGCUGCUUCAGAAUGAUCCUUCACUCAUACCCGAGAUAUGCACAUAUUAUAAUAAAGGCGACGGACCCUAUGGGUCUUGCAACUUUAAGAAGAUCUGUGUCAAACUGCACAUAUGUCAGUACUACCUCCAGGGACAAUGCAGAUUUGGAAGCAACUGCAGACGCUCACAUGACAUUUUAAAUCCAGACUGUUAUGAGAAACUGGAGAAAUGGGGAAUGAGCCAAGCCCUAAUUAGUAGAAUUACUGUGAUCUACAUGAAUGCAUAUGACAUCAAAAAUAGAACAUCUCCAUACAAAGAAAGAAGAGAGAGCAGUGGUCAGGUACCAGCAACUGCAAAGAUCAGCGAAGAAUCAGAUACAAUUUGCUUAUACCACAUUAGGAGAAGUUGUAGUUUUCAAGAUAAAUGUAUUCGAGUUCACUUCCACUUGCCAUAUAAAUGGCAAGUCUUUGAUGGUACCCUGUGGAAAGAUCUGGAAAAUAUGGAGAAAAUUGAACGAGAUUAUUGUGACCCAUAUAAUGAAAGAGUUUUUGUUGCUGAAAAAGGCAUUAAAAAUGUACCCAUUGAUUUCAUCCAAAUGACUUACGGCUCUGCCAAACUUAGACGCCUCUCCACAGCAUCCGCUGUCACCAAGCCGCCUCAUUAUAUUCUCACAACCAAUUGGGUGUGGUACUGGAAAGAUGAAAGUAAUAUGUGGAAUGAAUAUGGAGUUCAAACAACUGACCACGCUGUGGCAACCGUGUCCAGCUUCGACUUGGAGAAGGUGUACCAGUCCGAAGCAUGUUCAACACUCCAGUUCUCUGCUGGGAAGCAUGAGUAUGAGAUUGAUUUCAAAGCCAUGAAACAGAAAAACCUGCGGUACCGGACAGAACGAACCGUUCGUAGGCGGCCUGCAUUUAUAUCUGUAAAAGAAGCAGAGGAGAAGAAGAAAGCAAGGGCUGAGCCCUCGAAGGGAGGCGCCACGCUCAUUCCAUCUCACUGGGACCAGUCAAAAUUACCAGAAGUGGGAUAUGAGUUGAUCACCCUUUUUCCAAAUUCCAAUGAGUACAAAGAAGUCCAGGUUAGCUUUCAGCGCACAAUGCCCAAGGCAACCAUCAUGCAGAUCAAAAGAAUCCAGAAUGUGUCUCUCUGGGAAGUCUACCAGUGGCAAAAAGAGCAAAUGAAAAAAGCAAAUGAAGGAAAGGAGGUGGAUGAAAGGCAGUUAUUCCAUGGGACUAGUGAAAACCAUAUUGAUGCUAUUUGCCAGCAGAAUUUUGACUGGAGGAUCUGUGGUGUUCAUGGUACAGCCUAUGGCAAAGGAAGCUACUUUGCAAGGGAUGCUUCAUAUUCUGACAACUACAGCAGAAGCAAUUCUUCCCUCAAGACCAUGUUUCUAGCCAAAGUUUUGGUGGGGGAGUUCACAAACGGUGUAUCUGCCUUUCUGCGCCCUCCUGCUAAAGAUAGCCUUAGCACAACGUUCUACAACAGUUGCGUGAAUGACAUCCGGAAUCCAUCGAUCUUCGUUAUUUUUGAGAAGCACCAGAUUUAUCCAGAAUACCUAAUAAAAUACAGAAAUUAGGUGGAAUCUAUAGGUGUUUAUCUUUCUGCCUUGUAGGUUAUUUCCUGAAAGACUGUGUUAAGAAUCUUUUUACAUUGGGUCCACCGUGCAUUACUCAGUGAUUUUUAAAUACUUUUGAUUAAAUUGGUAUCCUAAUUCAUUGGUAAACAUUUUGUAAAGUAUGUUUAGAUAUAAGAAUAACUCUGUGUAUUACCUUAGAAGAGGCAUGGCUUGAACAAAUGUUUGUUCAAUGCUUUUUAUUUGUAAGAUUCAACUGAUUAAAAUCCUAUGAGACUGCAAUCCUGUGCCAUUCUUUGUGGCAAGUAUUUUAUCUACUAAAGCACCAGGAAGGGGUAGACAAAUUUUAGAAAUGUCUUAGAAGAAAGUGGCCUUGUGAACUGCAUUGCUGUCCAGAGCAGCUUCUCCUAACCUGGCACUUUCCGGAGGUUCUGGACUUAAAUCCCAAUGCGGGUUGCAGAGAUUCUGGGUACCACAUUCGUAACACUAUUCCAGAGCCCUAAAAUUAUUACUGAUCCAAGCAUACCACAUAUGCAUCUCUUAGAUGCACUCCAGUUGUAGUCACUAGGUUUGUGUUUCUUCUUGUAACGUAGUUUGUCAGCUGCCUUUAUCGUGAACAGUGUACAUUUCUGAAUUUUGGAUUUGUGAAAUAAAGCCCAUGCUGGAAAUGUUUUAACACUAA